GUUUGGUAGGUGUAGAAUGUAAAGCUUGGUCACCAGUAUUGAUUACUGAACAUAUGACGCUUUCUGUUCCUUCAGUUUUUUUAUAUAUUCCGAACUGUGCUUCGGUGAUGUGAAAUUUUUUUGCACGUUUAAGAGAAUAAGAUUAUACGACAUGGUUUUGAACGAAGUGGAUUUGAACGCGAGUAACGUUUACAGUCUAUCAUGGUCAGAAUUCAGUACAUCGUUAAGCGUUGCUGCACAAAACUUACGACACAAGGAAGAUUUCGUAGAUGUGACAGUUAGUGCUGGAGGGAAAAAUUUUCCCGCGCAUAAAUUAAUCUUGAGCGCAGCUAGUCCUCUGUUGACGGAUUUGUUAAAGAAUACAACUUGCCAACAUCCUAUCUUAAUGUUAGCCGGAAUUUCAGCAUUUGAUUUAGAAACCAUUUUGAAAUUUGUUUAUCACGGAGAAAUCAACAUAGUUGCUGAAAAACUGCCAUCUUUAUUACAAGCUGCUCAAUUUUUAGAUAUCCGAGCAUUAUCACCAGCAGCUUUGGUGUUAAAUUCGUUACCUUCUUCGUUAUCUCCCCAUACAAUCACUGUAGAUGAGAAAGUAAAACCAAGCGAUCAUAAUGAUGUUGUAUCGCAUCAAAGUGAAAAUGAUGAUGGAAGAGACGACGAACCCAAAAUUGUACGAGUAGCACAAAAAAGAAAGCGACAUGAAAAAUUUAAUUCUUGCUUAGAACCUAUGGCAAACAGUACUGCUCAUUCAAACGCGACAAAUGCUCCUAAAAUAUUAAAAACAUCGUCAGAAAACACAAAUAUUUCUCCAUUGGAACAAAAUGUUGCUCUACAACAUAAGUCCAAUGAGUCUUACUCCCAAGUUGAAGGAUUUCCUGUUCCGGAUGAGAAAAAAAUCGUUUCGGAUUUGCCAGUAAUUUGUAAGCUAUGCGGUGUGACUAUUCGUCAAUCGCGUAAUUUACGUAGGCAUAUGGAUCAGAUGCAUUCAAAAAUUAAAAUGCGUAAAACCGAAGAUCCAAAAGAUGAUAAUAAUAGUAUUACGAGCAAAAAUACAGACAAAGAUACUACCACUACGAGUGAUACAACAUCGUCAUCGCUACUCGAUUUUUCAGAUGAAAGUUUUAACCAAUUCACCGAUGAAAUUUUCAAUUACUCGGCAAUGUCCGAUAAUAGCACGAACUCAUUUUCAAAUUCAUCGUCCGCUUCUUCAGUCGCUUCAGUAGGGAGUUGCCUCACGGAAGAUGUAACACGAACUGUUUCUCUUUCUUCGACUCCAUCUCUAAAUACAUUACUGGGAGACUUGUGUUUUCAUUUGCCAACAACUACCCCGACAACUAUAACGGCGGAUAGUUCUACUAUUUUAGUAGAGGAUAAAAAAUUGACAACAACAAAUUCACGUACGUUGGAAGGAAGUUUGGACUACGCUAACAUAGAAAAUGAAUGCUGUAAUUCUAAUAACGAAGAUGUGCAAGAUAUUAUGACUUUUAAAAAAUUUGAUAAUCAACUUCUGUCAGCAUUUUUCUGUACUAGCGAAAAUGACGCGUAAAAUACGUUAGAUUUAUGCUAAAAUUUAACAAGUAUAGGUACCUAUCUAUUCAAAAUUCGCUUUGUAAAAUGUGUUCAUUGUUUGAAAAUAAAUUUACCAUUUACAUCAA